ACUACGUUUCGCAGUUACACCACCGAAAUACUGGCCAAUGACUUGAAAGCUUUAGGACUGUCUGAUGUCAAGCAUGGUGGAACUCAUUCAGUUGCCUCGUUGCGGAGCAUCUGGAAGUCGUUAACACCCAAUGCAAAAUCCGCCUUCUUGCAGCUGAUUUCAUUGGUACUGACUGACGAUGCUUCUGCCAGUUCGUCCGGUGUCACCUUUUGGGUGUGGUACCGAUCGUGUUUAGACGAGUUUGUGGUCUCCAGCGAGUUGGCUCUUCGUCAGCAUUUGCGUGAAUUCACUGAUCACCACAUGGUUUCCAAAAAGACAGGUUUGGACGGAGCCGAGAUUCUAACGUUGAACAUCGACCGGCAUCUGCUUGCUGAAUUUUUCGCUCAAGACGAUAUAAACAUCAACAUUCCGGGCCUCUCGCCUCAAUAA